AUGGCUCGACUUCCCUAUCCCGAUUACCACACGCCACAUGCCAAAUCCCAUCCUACCAUCAAUAUUAUGAAACUUCUUUCCUAUAGUGCUGCGACUGUGGAUCACUGGGCAGGAUUAGGAAAUGCCCAGUUCAAACAGUUAUUACUCUCUGCUAGAGACCGCGAGCUCGUUAUCAUGUUGACCACGUCCAAAUUCAACUCUACUUACGAAUGGACCCACCAUCUUCCCUUAUCAUUAAAAGCUGGAGUCACCAAACAGCAGCAGUUGGCCCUUGAGGCAUCCGCCAAGCAAAAUAGUUAUUUUAUCGAUGGAAAGUGUGGUUUCAAGGCGGGGUUUAGUGCCAAAGAUCUUAUCCUGCUUGCCUUCGUGGAAACAAUCAUCCAACAGCCUGAAGUCAGUGAUGAGCUAUGGAAGCGUGUCAAGAGCGAGUUCUCGGACCGAGAAAUAGUGGAGAUCAUAUCUCUUCAGGUAAGUGGCAACUGA